AUGCUGUCCAGCAGACUUUCCAAAGAUGAACGCGUCGUGCUGCAGCUUCUGGAAGAGAUUCAACGCUUAGUGGAGCUGGCGGGUGGCGAGUCGAAAGAGGGCGAGGAGGUCAACCCGCGUAUGCACCCGGCUGCCAAGCUGUAUCUGGACACGCGAGACACGUUCGAGGUCAUUGAGGACUUGGUGGAGGAGCAUGUCAAGGGCAGACCCAAGCUGCUUCGAAGACUCAGCAAGCAGAGCAGCAACAGCGACGUCACGGUAUCAUCAGCCCCUACGUCGCCUCGUACAGCUCUAGCUAUUCAAGUAUCCAAUGAAGCUGCCAUCGACCGAAUCCAGGAGAUGUUUCGACACUUGGGCAGCUUACUCGGACCUUCGAUUCUGAAAGAAUUACGGCUACGGAAACUCUCGAUGGCCUCCAUCCUGCAUUACGUGAGAUUCUUGCCGAUGGAAUAUCAAUGGACAGCGUACAAAGAGGCACGGAAAGAAGAGGUGGAGCUGGUCUACCGCGAGACCGUUUAUAAUUCUCUAGCCACACAUCCCGCAGUGCCCCACGCUACUCCACAAACAGAUACUCAAACGCUUCGACAACGAGCCGAAUUUGUCAAGCAUCAGAUCCGCAAAGAUCUCGACACAGUGUGCUUGUUUGCUGCGGAUGGCACACUCACGACAAUUUUCGGCGAUGAUGGAGCGUCCGUGGAGGAAAACGUUGCUAUUAAGUUUGAAUCGCUCAUUGCAGACGUCUACAGCACUUACCUGAAGGAGACGCUCGACGUGCAAAUGAAGCACUUGACCCAGGUCUCCGAUCAAUGGGGUCACGAUAAUGCGAUUGCCUCCUCUGGCUCGAAACACGCACCCGAUACUGGGCCACCGCUGCUGGUGCAGUGUUUCUAUCGUCCUCGCAAGUUUCGCAGCAAAGGAGGCAUUUUUCCGGACAUGCUCAUGAACCUUGUGAACCGAUUCGUGCAUUUGCCAACGGUUCAUCCAGGUCAGCAGGCGAAACUUCUCGUGGCAGAUCCUCAUCAUGUUGGUGUGUGGUGGCAGAAAUCUGUGUUUUCGGUGUCUGAGCGGGACGUAACCACGCUUCAUGACGACGAGACUCGGGACAUUUUCGGUCGGGUGGAGACUUUAGAUGGCCAGCUAUACGUGCCUCUACUUGGAAAAGGUGGUGAGCAGGAUGGAUCUCGAUUGUUCGGCCGAAGUGGGGGUCUAGCGAAAUGGGUAGGCCAGCGCGUCCUUGUCAACAACGGCAAGGACAGCGUGUGGGUGGAGGUCGUGGUCGUUGAUGUUGACGAUAAGCGCUGCAAGCUACAGAUCAGGAAAUCCCUUCAAAAAUGUGCCGAGAUAAUUAGCUGGACCCAAUUCCUAUCACUGAAUGAAUGGGUAAACAUGCGUGAAUUACGGUUUAUCGGAGCUCCAGUGAACCCGCACUUCCGCGUCCAAAUGGGUCUCAAGUUCCGCGAAAUCUUGGAGUCCGUGCAGGUGGUAGUCGUUGAGAUUAGUUCCGUGUUCCCGAAUGGCGAGUUGAAUGACAAGGUUGGCAACGCGCUAUGGAAGUCAGUGGAAACGUCAAUUAGCAAGGGUGAACACAUAUUUGCACGCUACUUUCGCUCGAUACUGCAGCAAGACGUAUUGACUCAAGUCCAUCCUACCGUUUACGCAACGCCAACGCGUUCACUCUCCUUGAGUCGGUCAAGCUCACUCGGAAACCCUGGUCAUUUUGACGAAAGUGGGGCGUAUUGUUCUCGACGACUAUCACGCGGAGGAAGAGGAGCUAUGUCGUUGCGGCCACCGGCAUACGAAGCCCCAAUUGAUACUCGAGUUAUGUCACCAUUUGAGAAGUUGGCGCAUCAUUUACUGGAGGAGACGGAGAUUAUGGGAACCUGUGUCCAAGCACAGAACGUCGCGCUGAGCUGUGCGUUUGUGCAGGUUUUGCUUGAGAAAGUUGCCAAGAUGAAGCGCCAAAUGCAAACAUUGCUGCAAUUGCCUUCGUGUACCGUCGAAAACGUCAUUUCAGAGCACGCCAACUCUUGUAGACUUCUCUUCGUAUGGAGGAUAUGUCGGCAUCAAGUUGAUACCAUGGCACGGAAAGGAAGGAAAGGCAAGCGGCGACAUGCGGAGCAUGAUAGUCGAUACAUCCAUCUGAACUGGGUUGACCAUGCGUUCGAGCGCGUCGAGACACAGAUCCUUGGUAUGAUGCAUUCACUUGUCCACUAUGCACAUCGCGCGUUCUUCCACGAAUGCAUGAACCACUUGCUCCCCGGGAUUUACGAACAGCCAUGGACAACGAGCAAACCCUGGUUUGGGAAUACGCGGUGCACUUACGCCGUCCAGGGGUUCGUCUUUCGAAUGCAAUUGUUGCUGGAACAUGUUAAUAACACGGUCUUGGUGGGAUACGAACGGAAUCUCGGCGUGCACGAGAAAGUAUACGAGCUGAUGGUUCGAAUGCUUCUGGACGUACUGGCAUGCGUUGCUGAGGCGUAUGAAAACCUCUCAGUCUCAAGAUCACGGGAAGGCCAAUGGAAGAUCGACGUUCUCUAUCUCGUAUGUGGCGUUUACAAGUUUCUACGGCAGUUGGAUCAAAUGUUUUCAUCCCGGGGUGCUAGUCAAAGCGCCAAGGGUAAGCGCAAAGGUACGGCAUUUGUUCGUACUUGUUUACACAUUAUACGAAGUGGUCGUACAGCGUUACACUUAAUUUUACUGCCUUGGACUUUUGUUUGCAGCUAUGAUCGACGUUCGAGUUCUUUGUUUGCGCUUGCUCGUCCACCUUGCAAUACGAUCGGGGCCCGCGAGUAUCGUACUGGAUGCACUGUCAAAGAAAGCUCAAGCCGACAGCUUUGA